UUUGACCCUCGGCCAGGGCAAGGCGCCCCUGGUCCAGAGCUCAUCUGCCCGCCCCGAGGCCGCGAUCUAGGUUCUCUUUCUCGGGACACGGGGGUCGCGGGUGGCCACGGAGCGGGACCCCCUGACACCCUGGACCACAGGUUGGCGCCAUCGAAGCCUGCCCUCCUGCAGCUCCUGCCCCUAGACGGCGAGUUAGUGCUGGCCCAGGGAGCCGGAUUCGGCGCGCGGAAUCCCAGCUCGGAGCUGGGCUGCGGCGCAGGCACCACGGCGCUGUUCCUCGACCCCGACCGCUUCUCCUGGCACGACCCGCGCCUGUGGCGGCCCGCGGACUUGGCGCGUGGCCUCUUCUCCGUGGACGCCGAGCGCGUGCCCUGCCGCCACGACGACGUCGUGUUCCCGUCGGACGGCUCCUUCCGUGUGGGUCUCGGCCCGGGCGCCCGCACCACCCGCGUCCACAGCGUCUGGGCUCUGGGCCAGACGUUCACGCGCGACGAGGACCUGGCCGCUUUCCUGGCGUCCCGCGCCGGCCGCCUGCGCUUCCACGGGCGGGGGACGCUGGGCCUGAGCCCCGAGGUCUGCGCCGACCCGUCGGGCUGCGUCUGCGGCAACGCCGAAGCGCAGCCGUGGAUCUGCGCGGCCCUGCUCCAGCCCCUGGGCGGCCGCUGCCCAACGGCCUCCUGCCAGGACGCCCUCCGGCCCGAGGGGCAGUGCUGCGACCUCUGCGGAGCCGUCGUGUCGCUGACCCACGGUCCCGCUUUUGACCUGGAGCGAUACCGGUCGCGGCUGCUGCACACCUUCCUGCCCCAGUACGAGGGACUGCAAGUGGCCGUGUCCAAGGUGCCGCGCUCGACUGGGCCCCGCGAGGCCGCGGCUGCGGAGACGGCCACGGAGAUCCAGGUGGUGUUGCUGGAGCCCGGGCCCGAGACCGGCGGCGCGGGGCGGCUGGCUCGGGCCCUCCUGGCGGACGCCGCAGAGCACGGCGAGGCGCUCGGGGUCCUGGCGGCGGUGGCCCGGGAGUCGGGAGCGCGCGGCGGCGGCGGCUCGGCAGCGGGGCUGGGCGGCGGCGUGGCGGCCGCGCUGCUCCUGUUCCUGGCGCUGCCCGCGGGGGCGCUGCUGCUGUGCCGCGUGCGGUGGCUCAGGGGGAGGAGGCACGACGAGGCGGCCCAAGCGCGGGACGGGGCGCCCCUGGGCUUCCACAACCCGGUGUUCGACGUAGCGAGCUCGGCGGAGCUGACCCCGACCCCGCAGGCGGAUGCCAGGAGCACCAGCCUCAGCUACUUCGUCAACCCGCUUUUUGCCGAGGCCGAGGCCUGAGAGGCCGCGUGACGGCCCCGCCCCUCCUGCCGGCUGAGUCCCUGGCCCUGCGGGACCUCCCGCCCCCCUCUCCCCGCCCCGUCCCUUCAGGAUCGCGUGGUGUUGCCCAAUAAAGGGGUCUCCCCCACCUGCUGCCA